AUGACCGGCCGCAAGAACCACCCGCUGGCCGCGCGCAUAAAGCGGCUGAUGCAGAAGGACGAGGAUGUCGGGCGGAUUGCUCAGGCCACGCCCGUCCUGAUUGGGCGCGCAAUGGAGCUGUUCCUCAAGAAGCUGUGCGACAAUGUCGCCGAGUACGCCAAGCUGAGGCACGCCAGGACGGUCACGACGGGUCACCUGAAGGCGUGCGUCGUUUCGGAUGACAUGAUGGACUUCCUGAAGGAGAUUGUCAGGCCCGCGCCAGACUUGAACUGCGAUGACACCCAACCCGGCCACAGGAACAAGAGAAUGAGGAUGCCCUCCAUGGGGGAGUCAUCGCUCGAAGGCCGACCGAGCGCAGGCGGGCCGUCGUCCCCGCCAAGUCGGAGGUCCCGCGCCCCGGGGCGCACAAACUCCCUGGGCUCCCCCGUCGCCUCCAAUUCUUCCAUUGAACCGGGCACCCUCACCCAGUCCCUCUUGAAGGAGGCAGAGAGACAUCCGUCCGGGACUGCGUCUAGCGCCGGUGCUCUGGGACCGUCCAGGACUCAGUCUCCAUCCGAAGACACGACAGAAGAACUCACAGCCGAGGCGCAGGCCCCAGGAUGCAGCAGUGCCUUCCCACAAGAGGAUGCCUCCACCCCAACAGCUGUCUGCGCCCCAACAGCCUCCGCUGCGCAGUUGAGGGGGCUGCAAGGGGCUCCAACUGCACCGGAGGCUGUGCAGGCAGGUGUGGCGCACGAUGCAGCACGCACCGCUGUGCUGUCAUCUUCGUGGCCAGGACAGGGAUCGUUGAAGUUGGCGUCUCCGUUCCAGCAGCCUCCGCUGGACGCCCUGCGGCUAGAGGCCAGGGCCUCGGUGCCUCUUGGGAGGAUCGCGUCUGGGGCCAUGGGUGGGGUCCCUGCGGAAGAGGACGAUUACGAUGCAGAAGAGGAGGAAGAGGAUGGAGGAGAGGGUGCAAGGGGGGGAGAGGAAGAGUAG